CGCCCAGUCCGCCUCCCCGAACAAGGCGAGCUGAGCUCACUGAACCCUUCCUGACUGGCUCGCUACCAUCGAGUCUAGCUGCGAAUGCUCCUCGUUGCAAGGGCAUUUGAGCGGCUAUCGGCGAAGAAGGCAGCAUCCUGUUGGUCCAUAUGCGGUCAACAGCUGCGAGUCGCUUCCUCCUCUGCGCCACGGUUAGCUCAGGAGCCAAGCAGUGGCAGCGACCUGCGCUCCAAAGCGGCAAAGAAGGCCCAAUGGCAGCGUAACAGCAAGAGCACCUCCUUCAUCGACACACUCACCCUCCACGCAUCAGCCGGAACAGGCGGAGAUGGUUGUGUCUCCUUCUCCCGCGCCAAGUACGUGCCUUACGGGCCCCCCUCAGGAGGCAACGGUGGGCCUGGGGGAUCGAUCUACAUUCGCGCCGUCCCGCAGCUUCGCUCGCUCGCUCGAGUGCCUUCCAGCGUAGUUGCAGGGGAUGGCGAGCACGGAUCUGGCGAGUGGCAAGGAGGGAGACGGGGAAGGGACGUCGUCGUCGAUGUGCCCGUCGGGACAGUGGUGAGGGUCAAGCAGGUCGAAGGGGAAAAGGGGUGGCUAAAUGAGAGGCAAAGGGAGGAGGUGGAGAAGAGGGCCGAAUAUGAGGAGGAACUGUUAGGACGCUUGGGGAGGCAUAGAUUGAAGAAGAGGCAGGGCGAGAGACGUGAGGAGGCGGUUGUUGAAGAGGAGGAUCAUGAGGAGGACAGUCAAGAGAGCGAGGAGCUGGAUCAAGGACAUUACAUCGACAACUACGACUACGGCAGCCCUCCUGCCUCGCGCAAAACCUCACGCUCCUCCUCCUCUUCGGACUACUUCGACCCCGAAGCAGCAGAACGGCUGCUAGCCCGCCGCUCCCUCAUCUCCUCCGUCUGGCGCCACCAUCCUGGCUCGACCCCUGCACCCGAAGACCAGUUAGCAGAAGGGCAGGAAGACGAGGGCGACAUCUACUCCGGUGACGACUUCCAUCGCGCAGAAGAGCGUUACGCGCUUACAGAGCGAGAGCGUCGUGCCGCGCAGCGUCUGGGUCGCAAUGGCGCUUCCAUGCUCGACCGAACCACCGCAGAAGUCCCGGUAGCCGAGCUCGACCUCUCUGUCCCUACCUCUCCCGACUCCCCUCCGCUCCUCCUCGCAACAGGCGGGUCAGGAGGGCACGGCAAUGCCUUCUUCCUCUCGGGGCACAGUCGCUCUCCGAAGCUUGCGACGCGGGGUCGUCAUGGCCAGCGCGUCGAGGUGUCGCUUGAGCUCAAGAGCCCAGCAGACGUGGGGAUGGUCGGGCUGCCCAAUGCGGGCAAAAGCAGUCUGUUGCAGGCGUGGACAGGGGCAAGUAGGAAGGGGGCAAAGGUGGGCGGCUGGGAGUUCACGACUCUCAGUCCUAAUGUUGGGGUCAUGAGACUUGAUCUGGAGGGAGGUCUUGUUGCUGUGGGGAGGGGAAGGAUUGGCGAAGACAUCGAGGAGCCAGAGGGCGAGGACAGCAUGGCUGUCGGCCCUUCCUCGUCGAUGACCUCCUGGCCAAGCGAUUCCGAGCGACGUCUUCUGAUCGCCGACCUUCCUGGGCUGAUCCUCGGCGCAUCCGACAACGUGGGUCUAGGCCACUCGUUUCUCCGCCACGCAGAACGCUGCGCUGCCCUCAUCUACGUCGUCGACGUCUCGUCUGCCCGGCCCACGCCUUGGGAGGAUAUCGCUGUGCUGAAGAGGGAGUUGGAGCAGUACGCUUCGGGAUUGAGUGGAAAGAUUGCGGCCGUGGUGGCCAACAAAUGUGAUGCGCUUGGGCCCAGAGAGGGAGAUGAGGAGGACGAGGAGACAAUCGAGGAGGCUAGGGAGAAGUUGGCUAGGCUGCGCAGGGAGGUGCACCCGCUACCUGUGCUGCCUGUGAGCGCUAUGUGGCGGCAGGGGGUUGAAGGGGCGGCUGCCAAGGUGUACGACUUGGCGACCAGGAGGGUCCAGGAGAGUGGCCGGGAGGAGUAAGUGAGGAGGGUAAGAGGGAUAUUAGUAGGCCAGCAUCGAGGCAAGCCGGUCAGAGCCAGGCCCGUCAUUCUGUAUCAGUAGCGCAAUCAAUGGAUCGCAUCGCAUCGCAUCGCAU